AUGACAUUAAUAUAAUCUAGUACAACUCACUGUAACUGGCGUAUCUCUCCUUUUGUUUGCAAUCAUUUUGAGAAACUGAGGUACGUCUAAUGAAAUUCGGGUAAAAAUUUCCUGCAAAACACACCAUUGGAAAACAAAUUCGAUUCAAGAAAAAGCAACAAUCCUUGUUAGAAGCAAAAUUUUUAUUGACGUUGUUUAAGUCAUUUAUUUAAAAUCAAUGGCUGCGACUGCCUUAUUUGCGUGUACCAAAUGCAAUAGUCGUCACCCUUUUGAAGAAUUAUCUCAAGGUCAACAACUUUGCAAGGAGUGUAGAGGAAGUGUUCCACUUGUUAAAUGCACAUAUUGUAGAACUGAGUUUCAAGAUAUCACAUCUAAAAGUAGUUCAUCUCUUGUUUGCAAAAAAUGUGAAGUAAAUAUCAAGUUGUAUGGAAAGCCCAGUGCAUGUGAAUACUGUAAUAUCAUUGCAGCUUUUAUUGGGAAUAAGUGUCAAAGGUGCACUAACUCAGAGAAACGCUAUGGUAAUCCUGUAAAUUGUGAUCAGUGCAAGCAAAAAUGUGCUUUUGACAGAAAAGAUGACAGUAGGAAGAAAGUUGAUGGUAAACUCCUAUGUUGGUUGUGCACACUUUCUUACAAACGAGCGCUGGCCAAAACUAAGCAGAAUGCGGCUCGUCAUUCUGCUCAUGGUAAAUCUUCCUCAAGCCACCACCGUUCCUCUUCAUCUCAAAAUCACCGGCGAUCAUCGAGCCAUUCUAGCAAGUCUAAGAAAGAACAUUCACCAUCCAAGAAACCAAGGCUUGAUUUGGCUAAAUCUGCAAACGGAACUUUACCAACGAGUGAAAGUACAUUACUGGAGUCUAGUACUAGUGAUCAUGUUGUGGCUAUGCACCAAUUAAAAGAUGAAAUAGCUACUCUGCAGAAGAAACUGGCCCUAAAAGAUGCAGAAAUGCUACAUCGGGAAAAACAAGCUGCUGAAGUAAAAGCGCAACAUGGAAUUAUAGAACGGGAAUUGCGACUUAAAAUACAAUCUAUGCAAAAGCAGCACGGUGACCUUGUAGAAGAUUUGCAGUCUAAAGUAAGAGUGCUGCAAAAACAGGUUAUUACACUUGGCAACAAAAACAAAAAAGGCAGAGACACUGAUAGUCCCAACCGUUUAUGAGGAGAAAGUACAUAAUUCAAGCAUAUGACUAAAAUAUCUCAAUCAUAUGAAUAUGCUUAUUUCCUCAUGAUGUUCAUAUGUUUGCCAUCAAGUCAUAAAAGUUUUAAUACACUAUUUAAGUACUUUAUGGUUUUAAUAUAUUUUCUUCAUCACCUAUUAGAUGUAUAAAAAAAAAACAUGUAUUGUUCCCUAAAUCUGAUGUAUUUAUUUUAUCCUUUCUAUUAGUAAUACAUUUUAAAGGCUACUUUUAUUUAUUAAAAUUUGUGUAUAAUAGGCAAUUAUUGAAAUAUUUAUUUUAGCUCUUUGUGAUUUUAAUGAUCGACUUUUAGACUGUUUAAUAUAUUUCUAAGCAAAUUACUAUUUGUAAAUAUUUUUUAAUCAUGGGGUAUAGUUUUAUUCUCGUUUAUCAUUUUAAAUCAUUUAAGGGAUUGUUUAUUUGUUGCUUUAGUAUUUUUUUUUAAAUAAAAUAUACAUUAAAAAAGAAUUUUCAUCAUAUUUUUUUCUUAAUGUUAAAUAAAUGCUUACGUUUAGGAAGGAUGCUAGUUGAUAAAUUUAAAUUGAGUCUUCCUUGAACCCUUGUUUUUUAUUAAGACUUAAGCAUUCUACUUAAAAAAAAUAAUAAUUUUAUCUUUGUAUUUUAGCUUGUAAAUUUAGUAAUUUACAUUUUUAAAAAAGUGAGAUAAUUAUUUUCUUAACCUAAAUAAUAUAAAUUUAUUAGCUUUGUAAUUUUUUUUUGGUGUAUCAUUAUUUUGCUCUAACUAUAUAUUUUUUAUUUUAUUUAUUUCUUUUUUUUUUUGUUGGUAUUCUUAUUGUUAAUUAAGAUACAAAUUACAUUAAAAUUAUUAAUUAUUGAAUAAAGUUGGGACAUGUCAAAAAGUUUUUAAUUUUUAUGUGUCAAUAAAAAAUUUAAGAGAAGGAAAGCCAAAGAGAAAACUUAAAAUCGACUGUUUCUCUUUCCUUGCUUUUGGAUCACACACAAACAUGGAAUUAUUCUAUCUACAAUGAUAAAUUAAGAAUAGAAAAUGGAUUAAUAUCAUAAAAAUCUUGAAAUGUAACUUAAAUUUAAUUUUAUGGUAUUGAUUUAUUUUUGUUACUUAGCAUCACCAUUCAAGAAUUCCAAUAUUGUAUCUUUAAAAAAACUGAAUAAGCAUAUAGCAAUGUCGGAAGCAAUAUUUUGCCAAUUUUCUGUUCAAUAGAUUUAAUUAUUUUCCCCCAUGCAUUUUACUUUAUAGAUAUCCUCAAUGAUCUUCAAUUUAAUUGCUUACUUUUUAAAAAAAAUUGUGUUUGGCACCUUUGUUGAAUCAGAUGAUUUUCAAAUCCUUUUCUAACUAAAAUUUAUUGAUGGUAAAGAGUUAAAGGAGUGAAACCUUGAAUGUUUAAAAAUUAAGAAAAAGAUAUUGAAAAUGUGGAAUUUAUUUUUAUUUCAAAAGAGCACUCUGCAAAUUUUAGAAAACUAGACUUGCCUAUUAAGAGAAAGAGAACAAAAUAAGUAAGAGGAGCAGGUUAACUGGUUCAGAGAAUAUUUAUUUUCACUUUAAACAAACAGAUCUAAAGCUUUCAAAUAAUAUUUUAAGGCUUGGCAUUCAAAAACAAAAUUUAGGAAUUAAAUAUAAAAGUAUUUAGGUAUUACCAUUAAUAAAUUAAGAGAAUUUUGCCCAUUGGACAAUAUAAAAGUAAAAAUCUUGAAUGGUGUUUAUAAAUCAUAAUUCAUAAGUUAGUUCUUCAAAAAAUUUUGAGAUUUUGUUAUUUAUGUGUUAUUUAUCAUGCUGUAAUGAUAAUUUAUUUUAUGUGUAAAUAAUUUUUGUUGUAAUUUAUGAUUGAUACAACUGGAAUAUAAAGCAUUUUCAAAUUUUUUGAAUGAAUUUGUUAAUGUGAAUGUUUUUAUUCUUUUCAUAUCAUUUUUAUUUGCAUAUAUGUUUCUGCUAGUAAAGAAAAUUUAUUUUUGUAGGUGUUAGCGGUUUUUAAUGCCUUAAUCUGUGGUGUCUAUUUAAAUUAAAUGUUUUGUCCAACACAUAAUCAAUGAUUAUAUGUAAAUUUUGUUAAUAACCUUCAUUGUAAUUUAUGGGCCGGGAGCAGUAUAUUGUUAAGCAACUACAGUCAGACCUCGAUAUAAGGUCACCCUAAGAGGCAUCGCAAAAGUGACCUUAUAAGCAGGUUUACCUUUUAACCGAUUCAUUUGCGGUUUGUAACUAAGCACAUAAAAAGUAUACAUGAUUUUUUAAAAAUGGUCCUUCAAUGGUCCAAUCAGCCAUAAAUUAAAUAUUUAAGUCAAUAAAUUUUUACAGAAUUAGUAAAGAAUGAAAGAAAGCAAUUACAAAUUUUCUCAAAGUGUACAUACAUACAUUACAUCUUACCUUAUUUAAAAUAAUCGUUUAUGCAUUUCUGUCUCGUUUUUCGUUUCAUUUUUCGAACAAUGUUUUCUAGAUUGUGUAACUUCUCAAAAUGUUUCUCAGCUCCCUCAUGGUUUGUAAAAUAAUUUCAAUUCCUUAUCAAUCAAACCAUAUUCAGCCUCCCUUUCAAUGGCAUGGCCUCGAUUUUUCAGAUCUUCCAUCAGAACAGAUAGGGGAAUGUUGUCUUCUUCGGUUUCGUCAUCCACGACAUUCAGAGAACUCACAAAACCAGCAUGAUGAAAACAAUUUGCUAUGCAUGUGAUGAACACCGUGUUCCAACUUUUGUACACAUAGAAACGGCAUCCAAGACGGUAACGUGAAACUCCUUUUUUUGGUCGAUGGCAGCGAUAAAGUCAUUCUGGAGGAGCUUACGAUAGUUCACUUUUAGGUUUUGAAUAACUCUUUGAUCCAAUGGUUAGAGAACGGUGUUUACAUUGGGUGGCAAGAAAACAAGCUCAAUUGAGGCUAACUGUGGGAUGUUGGUAUAAGCUGUGCAAUUAUCUGCUAUGAAAACAACUUUCCGCCGCUUCAGAAACUGCCUGUUUUUUUUUUUUUUUUUUU